AUGGCCGCUGAUACCCCCGCCAAGCAGUGCAUGGGCGCCGACUGCUCCAACGAUGCCGGAUCGCUACAGUGCCCGACUUGCCUGAAGCUCGGAAUCAAGGACAGUUUCUUCUGUUCUCAGGAGUGCUUCAAGCGUAACUGGGGCAUCCACAAGACAAUGCACAAAUCGCAAACUACCGGUUACUACAACCCAUUCCCCAACUUUCCCUACUCUGGCUCUCUGCGACCCGUCUACCCUCUAUCGCCGCACCGAACCCUGCCUCAAUCGAUCCCCCACCCCGUGUGGUGGCAAGACGGCAACCCUAGGUAUAGCCGCUCUCUCACCAACCGUAACAAGAUCGAAAUUCUCGACAAGGCGGGCCAGGAUGCUAUGCGAAAGAGCUGCAGACUUGCGCGAGAGGUACUCGACAUUGCUGCUGCCGCUGCCAAGCCUGGCGUAACCACCGACUACAUCGACGAGAUCGUUCACAAGGCCUGCAUUGAGAGAAACUCUUAUCCAUCUCCUUUGAACUACAACAACUUUCCCAAGUCUUGUUGUACAUCCGUUAACGAAGUAAUCUGUCACGGCAUUCCAGACCAGCGUGUUCUCCUCGACGGCGAUAUCCUCAACAUUGAUGUUUCUUUGUACCACGAGGGAUACCACGCCGAUUUGAACGAGACCUACUAUAUUGGUGACAAGGCCAAGGCUGAUCCUGAUACUGUUCGCGUGGUUGAAACAGCGCGACAAUGCUUGGACGAGUCCAUCAAGGCUGUGAAGCCCGGUACAUUGAUCCGAGAGUUCGGCAACAUUAUCGAGAAGCACGCCAAGAAGCAAAACUGCAGUGUUAUUCGAACCUACUGUGGCCAUGGAGUUGGCAAGCUUUUUCACUGCCCUCCUAACGUUCCUCACUACGCCAAGAACAAGACCGUCGGCGAGUGCAAGCCUGGCAUGACUUUCACUAUUGAGCCCAUGAUCGCUCUAGGAAAGUACCGAGAUAUUACCUGGCCUGAUAACUGGACCAGCACCACCAUUGAUGGCAAGAUGACUGCCCAGUUUGAGCAUACUCUUCUCGUUACGGAAGAUGGGGUCGAGAUUCUCACAGCGCGACAGGAGAAUUCUCCCGGCGGUGCUCUACCGAUGCCCAGCACCGAGAAUGGUGAUGCAAAGGUGUAG